AUGAAACGUAAAUAUACACAAGGAUAUCGCGAUGAAUGGGAGCAAGAUCCCUCAUUUAAAAGUUGGUUAUGUAAAUCUAAGGUAAACACUACGAGUGCUCAUUGUAAAGCAUGCAACUGUGAAGUACUAAGUAGAGUGGCGUCUUUGAAAGAAUACAUGGCCACAUCAAAGCAUAUAAAAAAUAUGAAAGGAUAUUCCGGCAUUUCUCAGAUUGAUACGAUUUUCAAAACAUCAACCAUUUCGGAAGAAGUAAAAAAAGCAGAAAUCAGCAUUGUAGCUGCCUUAGUUGAACAUAAUAUUCCUUUUCGCGUAAUGGAUCAUGUAAGCGAAGUUAUUUCAAGGGCAUUUCACGACUCCGAAAUCGCAAAACGUUUUUCCUGUAGAAGAACUAAAUCUGCCGCAAUUGCCUACAACGUCUUAGGCAAUAACUUCGAGGAAAAAAUGCUUGCAGAAUUACGUCCAAGACCAGAAAAUGAAACUGAGAGAAGCCCAGUAUUUUCGCUCAUUAUCGACGAGAGCACAGAUGUCAGUACUACCAAGGUACUUGCAGUAGCAGUAAAGUACUACUCUGAAAAAUUGCAAUCUCCACAAACAAAAUUUUUGUGUAUGGUGGACUUAAAAGGUGAUACUGCGCAAGAUUUGUUUGAUAGUUUAACAUGUGCCUUAUCUGAAAAAAACCUUAUUAUAGCCAAUUUAAUAGGGUUCGCUGCUGAUACCACGAAUGUAAUGUUCGGCGAAAGGAGUAGCGUGGUAUCUAAAAUUAAAAACUACUCCACUUCAGUCAAUAGAUCCAAGUUCAAGAAUGCAUUUCCUUCCUAUACAAAACAUGUACCUGGGCACAAACGUAGCAAUGACAUUGGAAUCAUUAAAAGAUGA